GUCUGUCUGCACUUACACGGAAACUGUAAACACGAGUGUUUGCGAUUCACAAAAACAGUGUUAUUAUACCUUUGGAUAGGUGACAACUCCUCACAUGUACAGCAUGGAUAUCUUAAACGGUAGUCAGCCUGCUUUUCCAGGUCAACCAUUUAAUGGAGGCAAAACUAACACUGUUUUUGAAGCGGUCGAUCCGUCAACUUUCGACGAUGAUUCGGAUGACGAAUUUACUGCAGCGAAGUGCACAAAACCCGGAAAGAAAACAAAGGGGAAGGUUAAGAUCAAAAUGGAAUUUAUUGAAAACAAACUCAGGCGUUAUACAACCUUUAGCAAGCGUAAAACUGGGAUCAUGAAAAAGGCCUAUGAGUUGGCCACUCUGACAGGGACCCAGGUCAUGUUGCUGGUUGCCAGUGAGACGGGUCACGUGUACACGUUUGCUACACGCAAGCUGCAGCCCAUGAUAACCAGCGAGAGUGGAAAGGCACUCAUCCAGACUUGCCUCAACUCGCCCGACCCCCCACCUGUAGCGCCUGGCCAGCAGCAAGCCGUGGACCAGAGGAUGAACCCAGGAGGCUUUGAGGAGACUGAACUCACAUGCUCUGUUGAGGAGGAAAAUGAAAAGAUGAUGUUUGAGACAGCGAGUGGAAAGCCCCUGUACACCAUAACAUCCUCGGGUACUAGCGAUGCACAGGUGUAUAUGCAGGCCACGUCCACACCUCAGGGGGUCACCUCGCAGCAGAGCCAUCAGACACAGGUGCAGUCCCAGCCAGUCGUGAGUUCAAGUCCGGUUGUGACCAGCAAAAACCAGCACAGCCAGAACAGCAUAGCAGUACACAUGCCAGGGCUCCCUCAAGGCUUCUUUCUUCAACCAGGCACAUUCACCAUACAGACAACACAGACUGGUAGCUCCACUCUCUCCCAGCAGACUGUGUACCGUAUACCAGGGACCAGUCAACAAAUCAUCACAAGUGGGCCGCUAUUGACCACCAACCAGAACCCUCAAACACUGACCAAUGGCAGCCCAGGGACAUCCCAGUGUACCGUCAGUCUUGUAUCCCAAGGCAACCAGCAGACCAGCCCUGCCCUGACCCCGAGUGUGUUCAUGUACCAGACCCCCCAGGGUAUUGUGUACUCCACUGGCUCCCUCCCGGACAAGUUCAACUUCCAGCAGGUCACCUCACAAGAUAGCGCAGGUAACCACUGGCAGGGUCAGACGAGCGUCCACGGGCAGCCUAUUAUCAUCCCCAUGCCAGUGUCCCUGCCAGCCGGGUCUCAACAGGUGUUGCAAUUUUCCACAGAGUCAGUGCCUGUUACUGAGGUGUCUCAACCAGUGACAGGGGCCAAGAAGAGGAAAGUUUAGUAGAUAUGUUUGGCUUUAUUGUUUAGUGUAUUGCCACUAAGCUGAGAACCACGAAGACUUAAUAAAGCAGGUUUCCUGUAGUGUUGAGUGCAUUGCCACUGAGCUGGAAACCAAAUAGACUUAGAAGAGCUGGUUCCAUGUAUUGUUUAGUGCUUUGUCACUGAGCUGGGAACCAAGAACACUUAGAAGAGCUGAUUUUCUGUAAUGUGUAGUGCAUCGUCACUGAGCUUGGAACCAAGAAUAUUGCGUAGCAGGAUUGGUUCCCACAUUGUUCAGUGAGUAUCUUAGGAAUCGGAAAUCAAACUGGAUAUGUUCACUACAUAUUGUUGUGUUCUCUAGCUGGAAUGGGAACCGUUAGUACUGUUUUGGAGCAUUGGUUUCCAGCACGUAAGGGUGCAUUCUCAAUGGUGCUAUAUGACAGAGUUUGUGAUCAUGGCGGUCCAAUAGAAUCAUGUAGGGGCUAGGUGUGAGACUGAAAAGUGUCUUCAUAUCAACCUACGGAUGCAUAGAUAACAACUUGUUUAUCAGGAUUUAUCAACUAUUCCACUCCAGCCUUCGAUGUGCGGUGGUGUUUGACCAUACUUAUUUGACCAAAAUGUCAAAUAGCUUUAGACUUAUAUUGUGUAAGUGAAGUUAACUUGAGCCUGCAUGUGUAAAGUCUAAUGACUUGAGCAAAAAUCACAUAUUUUAUUAUGCAGUGCCUUUUUUCACCAAAAAAAAUAAUUAAAUAUUUAAUUUCCAUUUUUAUAUGUCUCCGUCCAUAACGAUUUUGUUCAAGGAAUAUUGUUCAAUGUUAACUUAUUGUUCUUAAUGAAUUCAUAUUGUUUUCAAUUUAAAGGGCUAUAUCUGCAGCCUAUAAUGUAUUAUACUGUCAAAAAUAAUGUCUUUAAUAAAUACUCAUUAUAAAUUAUAUUUAUUAAUGAAAUGUUUACAAAUUUAAUGUUUAACUGUAAGUACCACUAUAUGCAUGUGGACCUUUUGUAAAAUUAACAUUGGAGUGCGUGAACUUUUGUAAACUCAGGUUCAAAUUUUACAAGUGCCCUUUAUGGACAAAAUGUCAUGCGUUUUGGUUGGUUGAUUAAUUUAUAUAUGUAUCAUUUUGUAAAUUUGCAUUGCUUUAAACUUGUCCUUAAUAAUUAAGUUAUACCAAAGAACAUGUUCUACUCAUAGAGUGCAAUAUUGCAAUGCUGUCUGUACCAGUCAGUCAGACUGUGUGCACAUUUUCAUGUUUUAGUCGUGUUCUGAGAAAACUGGGUUUAAUGCAUGUGCGUAAAGUGUCGUCCCAGAUUAGCCUCCGCAGUCCCCACAGGCUUAUCAGGGACGACACUUUCCGCUAUUAUGGUAUUUUUAGUUUCAAGGAAGUCCCUCCUUACCGAAAAUCAAAUUCAGGCAGAAAGUGUCGUCCCUGAUAAGCCUGUGGGGACUGCACUAAUCUGGGAUGACACUUUGCGCACAUGCAUUAUGUCCAGUUUUCUCAGAACACGACUCGUUGUAUCACAGACCACUCAUGUCUGUUGUACGGGGAAUAUGGGCAGCUAUAGGAAGGGAUAAAAACUCAUGGACCAAACUUGUGUAGAGUCGUACUAAGUAGGUUUUAAUGUGCAACAUUAUUAGACAAGAUCAGUAGAAAAAUGGACAAAUUAUGGCUGCAUCCGAGCGGCUUUGCAGGUUGGGAAAUGGUGGACCGGAGUUGGGAAAUAUUUGCUGAGAACAAUUCUUUGCCCUGCAUGAAUUGACUUUCAAAUAACUUUCCAUAAGUAAUCAGCAUGGGACCCUAGUGUUACGUGCAAGAACCAUGUCACUAGAAAUAAGGUCAAUAUCGCUAAUAAAGGUCAAAAAUUAAUUUACUCAUGAGCACAUUAAGAAUUUUUAAAUGAAUUUGUAGACGUUGAAAGCAUACUGAGUUGCUCACAAUAUAAUCAAGUCUGUAGGUCAAAGGUCAAGGAAACAAUUUAAGGUCAAAGAUAAAAUAUGAGAAAUCAAUUGAGACUUUGUCCAAUUGUUACCUGAUUUUCCUUAAUGACAAGCAUUUUUGUGUGACAAUUUUAUCUGUUGUUUGUCAACUUCAGACUUUUCAUUUCAUUGCUUUAUUACAGUACUAUAUGUGCAAAGCUUAUUAUAACGUUAUUUUCUACACGUUUUCUACACAUUAAUGGACUAGACAAGCGAUGACACAUUCAUCAUGUUAAAGAUAUCUAGCCUUUCUAGUUUAUAAUUAAGUUGUUUCUUAGUGAGAAGUAAGUGAUACAAUUGUUGAAAGCAGUUACCGGUAUAUAGCUUUAUCAUACUUGUUAAGAUUUUCUUGUGCCUUUCAAACGUAAAUAUUUUUGUACAUUGUAACCUUUUGUUUGGUAUGUGUUAACUAGUUUUACAUUUUUAAUUGGAACAAUGCAUUUGUCCUUCUGGGCAUAUUUGACCAUAACAGCAUAAUUAUGUGAAGACAAUUGUUGUUCACGAUCUUUAAGAGUGUCUUCCAUGUGUAACAUAAUGUUUUGACUUGUUUGUGAAUUUUUUAAAUGUACAUACAAUAAAACAUGAACAAAUUAA